GUCUUUCGAAACAAAUAUUCUAUUGCUUUACACAACGCAUAUGUAAAGGACCUAACAAUUAAAAAUGUCACUUAAGUGGAAGAAAGCCGAUGGCUAAUCACUUAUAAUAAUAAUAAUAAUAAUAAUAAUAAUAAUAAUAAUAAUAAUAUAAUAAUAAUAAUAAUAAUAAUAAAUGUGUAGAAACGUUAGAUACACCUUGUUAUAGGUGUUGCUUUUUGCGCAAAACCAAGCUAUUUUGAAAAUAUAUAAAUAAAUAUGUACGUUAAACUAUAACGUGGGUAUCAGUCUUCCACUAAACUAUGAUCCUGAGGAAUGGCAUUCUUUUCUGCUCCUUCUCCACUUCUCAGAAAAAACAUCCUACAGUUUCUUGGUUGCAAGGAAAGCAAUGUUGACUCGUGGAUCUAACGAUUGACCAACAUUCUCACAUGGAAUAAUUCAAAGAAGUGAGUUGAUAACCACCGAAAUCAAGAGGAAUGCAUCCACCGCUUGUUCAAAUCCUGACAACCUUGUUUGCAUGCUUCUUAGAGUCAAACAACUUCAGGAUGGCAGUUGCUAAGGAGCAUGAUUCGAGAUCGUCAGCCAAAAGCUUCUCAUUGACUAUGUCUCCUUCAGAUUUUCUGGACAAAUUAAUGGGCAGAACAUCUGGGUAUGAUGCAAGAAUACGUCCUAAUUUUAAAGGUCCUCCAGUAAAAGUUACGUGCAAUGUUUUUAUCAACAGUUUUGGAUCUGUCACAGAGACCACAAUGGACUACCGACUGAAUAUAUUCUUGAGACAGCAAUGGAAUGACCCUCGACUGGCCUACAGUGAAUACCCGGACGAUUCCUUGGAUUUGGAUCCCUCUAUGCUGGAUUCUAUUUGGAAGCCUGACUUGUUCUUUGCCAAUGAGAAAGGGGCAAACUUUCAUGACGUGACAACAGACAACAAGCUACUGAGGAUUUUUAAAGAUGGAAAUGUUUUGUACAGCAUAAGACUGACUCUCAUCUUGUCCUGUCCAAUGGACUUGAAAAACUUCCCAAUGGAUGUUCAGACCUGUGCAAUGCAAUUGGAGAGCUUUGGUUAUACAAUGAAUGAUUUGAUCUUUGAAUGGCUGGAUGAAAGUCCUGUGCAAGUAGCUGAUGGUUUAACCCUGCCACAGUUUAUCCUGAAAGAUGAGAAGGAGCUUGGUUACUGCACAAAGCAUUAUAACACAGGAAAGUUCACUUGCAUUGAAGUUAAGUUUCACCUUGAGCGGCAGAUGGGAUAUUAUUUAAUCCAGAUGUACAUUCCAAGCUUGCUGAUUGUCAUUUUGUCUUGGGUAUCCUUUUGGAUUAACAUGGAUGCUGCCCCCGCUAGAGUUGCCCUGGGCAUCACAACAGUGCUAACCAUGACUACUCAAAGUUCAGGCUCCAGAGCUUCUCUUCCAAAGGUUUCCUAUGUGAAGGCAAUUGAUAUUUGGAUGGCAGUGUGUCUUCUGUUUGUUUUUGCUGCAUUGCUGGAAUAUGCAGGGGUUAACUUUGUCUCUAGGCAGCACAAAGAGUUUCUCCGUCUAAGAAAAAGGCAGAGAAGACAGAACAAGGAUGAAGAUGCCAUCCGGGAGAGCCGUUUUAACUUCAGUGGCUAUGGAAUGGGCCACUGCCUGCAAGUCAAGGAUGGCACUGCAGUGAAAGCAGCACCUCCCAACCCCAAACCCCCACCCCCUAAUGACUCGGAUACAAUUAAAAGGAAAUUUGUCGACAGAGCUAAGAGGAUCGACACAGUAUCCAGGGCUGCCUUUCCCCUAGCCUUCUUAAUUUUUAACAUCUUUUACUGGAUUACCUACAAAAUAAUCCGGAAGGAGGAUAUCCACAGGGAGUAGGCUGGCCUGCCAGCCUCCCUGGACUUGCUGAUGCCUUGUAUCUUGUAUUAAAAAAAAGUUUCAUAUGACUAACUGAUAUCUGUUAUGUCUUACUGCUGCUUGAGUGACAUCGCCUUCAGUAAAACAGAUUCCGCCUGGAUUGGAAGUAAGAAUAAAACAUAAAUUGGGAGAGUUCAAUAACCCCCACCUGUUAUUUUCCAGUGGGUUUGUAGAAAUAAUAAUAAGAAAAAAAGACAUUUCUUACAAACUACUAACAUUUACUCCUACAAAGGUUCAAUCCAUUUUUUUAGAAUAAAAGUAAACAAAAAAAGUAAAAGUAAAAAUAAAAAAAAAAUAAUAAAAAAUUAUAUUUUUGUUGUUUUGAAUGCUGCAGAACAGUUGUGGUGACACAACAAAGUAAACCGUUUCUAGUGAUUACAGUACAGUAUAGUACAGUUGAGAAUGGACCAAAUUUUACAAGUUAAUACAGCCUUUGCUAAAUUUGUAUGCCAAAUCCACUGAGCUACAUUCCAUUUCCAGAAGUAGUUAUAUGGGAUGGGGGAGGGCAUCUUUUUCUGUGCAGAAAAUCUUUCUUAUGGUAACAAAAAAUAAAUGUAUACUAUUUUGGUGUUUUUUUUUUUUAAUUUUAUUUGGUGGAAUUGUGAGGGAGGUUAUAUUGACAAAUCUAAAACACCAUAUGCCAGAUUGGUUUGUUAUCAACCAGUGCACUUGCUUGUUAUAAUUUAUUUUGCUUUGUUUUAACAGUACUUGUAUAUGUACCUCCAGGUGCCAAAAAGUACAUUACCUGUUGUGCUUUCCUGCACCAUAGUAUUUACUAAAAAAAAAUAUAUAUAUUGUUUUUUUUUUUUAUGGUGUAGUUUAAAACGAACAUUUAACACAAAACAUUAAUGGUGUAUAUCUUUUUUUUUUUAUUGGUGUAGUUGCAGUUGGUAGGUUUUGUAGGUAGGUCUGGUGUCCAAAAUGUUUACAAACCAAUGGUUUUAUAUCUUCUUCAGUGGAUAUCAUUUUAAAGAGCUCCUCUAUCAAUCUGAGAUGUGAAAACUGUUUUGUGAUUGCAUAUCUCAUUAUCCCCAUUCAGUGCCAGCAAUAUGUGUUUAGAAUGGUUGUAUUGCAUACAGUAUUUUUAUGGAGGAUGUUCUUUACACAGUAUUAAAAGACAUAUAUGAGUUUGUCCACUGAAGGAACUAACAGUGUUAUAAUAAUUAUACUGCAAGUAAUUAUUUUGAACAAUUCAUCUUUGUUAUAGUUCAAUAAAGCUAUGUGCGCUACCCAGUAA